GCUGAGUCAGGUACUAACACACCUGCCUGCCUGCUCCCAGCAGCUUAAAGCACGAGAAGCUGCCUGGCCAAGACUCUUCUGUACCCAUCUGCUGCCGUCUUUUGCACCUGGCUCCAACGCGGAAUAGACCACGAUGGGGCUGUUCUACAGUAAGAUCCAGACAGAACCCUCUCCAUGCAACUUGCUCACUGUAAAAGUCAUACGGAUGAAAAACGCCAGGAAAGCAGACUUGUUAAGCCAGUCAGACUGCUACGUGAGCCUGAGCCUCCCAACAGCUUCAGUGCAGCAUUUCCGAACCAAAACGGUCAAGAACAGCAAGAACCCAACAUGGAACGAAACCUUCCACUUCACAAUUCAGAGCCAGGUUAAGAACAUUCUGGAACUGAAAGUUUGUGAUGAGGACAACAUAACUGAAGAUGACCAUCUCCUCACUGUAUUCUUUGAUGUCUCCAAAAUCCAGCUUGGAGAAAACAUUCGGCUGUCUUUCCAGCUGAAUCCACAGGGAAAAGAGGAGCUGGAGGUUGAAUUCACAAUGGAGAGCAGUCCUGAUCCUCCUGAAAACAUUGUUACCAAUGGAGUAUUAGUGUCCCGCGAGGUUGCGUGUUUGGAUGUGCAGGUGAACGGUGGGAGGCUGAGGAAGGAUUCUUCAGAGAGAAAGUUUGCCUUAACUGUGGAUGGGUCAUAUGAAGGAACCAGGACUCACACGCUGAGCUCCUGCCUCUGCCCGACGUCCCCGGCCAGGUUUCACUACAUCAAGUACAACCAGUCGGCGCUGACUGUGGCUCUGCCGCGACGGAGGCGGCUCAGCAGGUCUAUAUCAAGUCAAAAUGAAAGUGAUAUGAACGAGUCCGUGACUCUAGCUCUGAACUCGCUUCCUAUACAAGAGAAAAUAACAAUAGCGGAGGACAGGACAAUUGACUUGUACACAAAGGCAAGUGAAUGGACCCAGGGUCUGUUUUACAGGCCAAGAAAUCUGGAUGCCCGUCUGGGGUUUGAGCUGUGCCCUGACGAACAGAAUUUCCUGCAAAACCGGAGGAAGGUGGUUGCUGCUGCACUGAAAGAUGUUCUUCAUCUGGAGGAAGAUCUGCAAGAGCAUGAGGUGCCUAUAGUGGCUGUGACCACAGCAGGGUGUGGGAUAAGAGCACUCACUGCCAUGUAUGGCAGCAUUUUGGGUCUUCAAAAGUUACGUGUUCUGGAUUGCAUUACAUACAUCAGUGGCUCAUCUGGCACAACAUGGACUAUGACAAAACUGUAUGAAGAUGCUGACUGGUCACGUAAAGAUAUUGGAGAAAUAAUUAUCGAAGCUCGGAAGCAAGCAGCCAAGUGCAAGAUGGGGUCUUUUUGCUUGAGAAGUCUGAGGAAUUAUUACAGAGAGCUGAGCCAAAGGACCCAAGCAGGACAUAAGACAUCUUUUAUUGAUCUGUGGGGGCUCAUGAUCGAAUCCAUGUUAAAUGAUGGGAAAUGCUACCACAGACUUUCUGAUCAACGUCGGGCAGUGAACCAGGGUCAGAACCCACUGCCCAUCUACCUUGCUCUCAAUGUCAAGGAUAAAUUUGCCACCAAAGAUUUUAGAGAGUGGGUGGAAUUCACGCCGUAUGAGGUGGGCUUCCUGAAGUACGGCGCCUUCAUUCGCGCAGAGGAUUUUGGCAGUGAGUUCUUCAUGGGUCGCCUGAUGAAGAAGCUCCCUGAAUCCCGGAUCUGCUUCAUGCAAGGAAUGUGGAGCAGUAUCUUCUCCAAAAACCUCUUGGAUGCUUGGCAUGCAGCUGACAAUUCAGAGGACUUCUGGAACAGGUGGACCCAGAACAAAGUGACUGAAAUAGAGGAACAACCGGACUUGCCUGAGAAGCCCCAUGAGAUGGCUACAUGCAUGUUCACUCCUACAAGCGGCCUCUCCACUGCUCUCCGGGACAUCCUGACGGACCGCCCUGCCGUCUCCAAGUACCACAACUUCCUGAGGGGCUUCCAGAUGCACAACGAGUACAUCCAGCAGGAACAUUUUGCAAAAUGGAAAGACACUUUACUGGAUACCUCUCCUAAUGACCUGAGAGUCAACUCAGAGCACCUGGAGUUGGUGGAUGCAGCUUUCUUCUUUGAAACCAGUUGCCCACCCCUUAUGAGACCAGAGAGAAAUGUGGAUGUCAUAAUACACUUAAAUUACACCGGUGGAUCACAGACCUUGCCCCUGGAGCAGGCUUGCAGAUACUUCUCAGAGCAGGGAAUUCCAUUCCCUAGUGUUGGGCUGAAGGAUGAUGAGCAGAACCUGAAAGAGUGCUACAUGUUUGAUGGUACAGACACCCCGGGAGCUCCUCUGCUGCUUUAUUUCCCUCUAGUGAAUGACACCUUCCAAAGAUAUGCAGCACCUGGUAUUGCACGUAGUGCAGCCGAAAUUGAACAGGGCAAGGUUGAUAUCUCCGGUUUCUGCUCUCCAUACUCAACAAGGGAGGUCUCACUGAAAGCAGAAGAUUUCAACAAGCUCCUUAAGCUCACUAAUUACAAUAUCAUGAACAAUGAGAACAUGAUUCUUCAGGCCUUGCGCAUGGCUGUGGCACGGAAGAAACAAGCUCUGAGCCAGCCAGUAGCACAAGCACAGUGCUCUACCUGAACAGCAUUUUCCUCUCUUUAAGUAUUUAUCAUGACAACACGGAAUUAUAUGUCAAAUGCAAUAGCUACUUCACUGUUCUUGGCAGGUGCCAUCUCUUUCUAAGUAAGUAACUUUCUUAAAAAUGAAAACUUGAAGUAUUUGUUUCAAAGCCACAUGGUUUGGUUUACCAAGCAGUAGCUGCUUUUUGAUCAGGAGUUUUCAUAUCAAACAUAGCAGUCUAUGUUGUUAACACCAUCUCACUGUGAUGCUCAAAAGGUAAAGACUCAACUGUGUGUGACAGGGAAAUAGUUUUAUCUCUUUCUCUGCAACCUCUUAUUGUCUUGGUGACUAGUUGCUAGUAUUUUUUCACCUGCAAAAUAUUCUGGCAUUUCAUUGGCCCUCUUCACACACAGAAGGUGGUAACCAUGCAGUAUCAAUUUUAAUAAUUUAAUUUGAUUUUGAUAACUUUAAUUAAAUGGUGUUCUGCCUUUUCAGCAUUUGGUUUUCCAGGUGCUUUUCUGUUGUGAACUGUCAUGAAAUAUAUAUAUCUUAUGAAGAAUGUUUAAUUUUUCAAAUUUGUGUUGGAUGACAGAUGCAUGGAUGGUGGUGUUUUAGGUCUUUGAUGACAUCGGUUCUUAUAUAUUAAAUCAAACUUAUGAAUUUGUUUUGAAGGACCAUGGCCAUUUCCUCUCACAAUCAACUGUGUUCUGUCCCUGAUUACAUGCAUGUGCUGCAGUUGCCUCCCUAAAAUGCAAUUUUGCUUCAGCUUCAUCUGGAGCUUGUUCAAUGUAGUGAACUGAAAUAUUAUUGAAACAGCAUGUGGGGGGUGGACUGCAGGUUGGAUGGUAAUUGCAUACACAGAAUUACACUGGAGAAAUGGAGUAAGAUACCAAUCUUCUGCAUCACAGUUGUUAAGCAACCAUAAAAUGUAAAAUGCAGCUGCUAGGUAUGCCAGUACAAAUAAAAAUUAUAUGAUUGCCACAGUC